ACCAAUUAGACGAUAAGAUAAGGUACCUAGCGCUGUAAAAAUUUCAUUUUUCCCAAGAGUAGCGGCGCGCGACCCUUGGACGCCCGCCAAUCUUCAUCCAAACCUAACCUUCUCUCAUAUCAUCAUCCUCUUUUCUUCUCCUCCUCCUCCUCCAAUUCUUGCUUCUGGGUUUGUAGUUUCCAUCAAUCGCAGAACAGGAAUCUCAGCGCCAAUUCUUGUUCCUAAUACCCCAGCAUCAUGUUUCGAUCCAGCCUUAGGCGCUGUGCCACUCAGGCCAGAUCCGCCGCUACAGCUGCCCUCCUCACACAGACCCGAACUGCUUUGCCUGCUGUUCGCCGUCAGGUUUUGACAAGCCGCUCUUCUAUCGCUGCCAUCAGCCGAAUUGCUUCCAUCACACGCGCCUACAGCACCGAGGCUACAGCUGAGCAGAAUGAGUCCGAGUCUAUUCCUUCAGCUGAAGCUGAGCCUGAAGUUCGCUUCGCCGAUCUCCAGGGCAUUCACCCCAACCUUCUCAAGCCCAUCAUCGAAGACAUGAAAUACGAUACCAUGACACCUGUCCAGGCCAAGACUAUUCAGCCUGCCCUCAAGGGUACUGACAUCGUUGCUCAAGCCAAGACUGGUACCGGAAAGACUAUUGCAUUCCUUCUUCCUCUCCUGCAAAGAAUGAUUGAGGAGGACAGCACACUCGCCGACAGAUCCGCUAGACGUCAAGCCCGAUCCGAUGAUAUCCGUGGAAUUAUUCUCUCUCCCACACGAGAGCUGGCCGAGCAAAUCGCCGCUGAGGCUCGCCGAUUGGUUUCACACACUGGUCUCGUCGUUCAGUGUGCUGUUGGUGGCACUGACAAGCGCAGCAUGCUUCACCAGACUCGACGAAAUGGUUGCCAUCUUCUUGUUGCUACUCCUGGUCGUCUGAACGAUCUUCUCCAGGACACCAGCAGUGGCAUUGAUGCCCCCAACCUGGCUGCUCUGGUCUUGGAUGAGGCCGACCGAAUGCUCGAUGUCGGCUUCGAGAGAGAGCUCAACGAAAUCAUCAAGUGCCUUCCCAAACCCGAAGAGAAGGUUCGCCAGACCAUGCUCGUUUCCGCCACAAUCCCCGACAGUGUCAUCCGCCUGGCCCGCAACAUGGUCAGAGCCAACGACUUCGAGUUUGUCCAGACCAUCCCCGAGAAUGAGUCUCUUACCCACGACAAGGUUCCUCAGCAUAUCGUUCCCGUCUCCGGUUGGUCUCAGGUCUUCCCCACCCUUUUUGAGCUUCUGGAGCGUGAAGAUGCAACGAUCAGGAAAACCCCUGGUGCCAUGCCUUUAAAGGCUAUUGUCUACUUCAACACCACUGCUUUGGUUGAGCUGGCUGGCGAGCUGUUCUACCAGCAACGCCAGAAUGCCAAGAACGACGGCACCCCUUAUUUCUCUUCCUAUGUCAUGCAGUCAAAGCUGAAUCAACAACAACGCCAACGAGCUGCCGACAGAUUCCGCGAGGCUAGAUCCGGUGUUCUUCUUUCUUCCGAUGUCACAGCUAGAGGAAUGGAUUUCCCUAAUGUCACACACGUUAUCCAGAUCGAUACUCCCCGGGAACGUGAGUCUUACAUUCACCGACUUGGACGAACUGGCCGACAGAACAAGGAGGGCCAAGGCUGGUUGAUCAUCCCCAACUCUUCCGUCCGUAACGCUCGAAAGAUGCUUCAGGGUCUCCCCAUUCAGCAGAACAGCUCUCUCAGCAGUGCUGAGACUGACGUGGCAGGAGGUGAGACUACUCCUCACCACGAGAAGACCAAGGCGCUCUUUGGUACUCUUCCUCGUUCACUUCUCGCUACAGCCUAUAUGUCCAUGUUCGGCAUGGCUACUAACAAGCAUGAGAUGGCCGAAGAGGUCAACGAAUGGACACGUCUUGGCUGGGGAUGGGAAAAGCCCCCGUCUGUUUCCUCCAUGUGGGCUCAGAAGCUGGGAUUAGCCAAUACGCCAGGCAUGCAAAUUUCGGAUGGCCAGCGAUUUGGCGAUCGAUCUGGUGGACGGUUCGGUGAUCGAUCCGGUGGAUUUUCAAGCCGAGAAAGCGAUGAUCCCUUUGAUUCCAUGGCAAGCAAUGCUCGCCGGGAUGACUUUGGACGUGGUAGAUCUGGCGGUUUUGGCCGCGGAGGCUCAGGCGGUGGUCGCUCAGGAGGCUUUGGCGGUAGCCGCUCAGGAGGAUACGGUGGCAACCGUUCAGGAGGCUACGGUGGUGGCCGCGGUGACCGAAGCUCUGGUGGUGGCCGCUCAGGAGGCUAUGGCGGAGGACGCUCUUCAUUCUAAGUGAUGAAAGGCACUCCGUGAAAAUGGCGAAAAUGUAAUAACAAGACCAGAUACCUAUGACGGAUGGGAUGUGUAUGACUUGUACUUCAAUUGGGCAUUUUUGUAUUUUAUACUAGUGUAAGAUAUGGGAAAAGGGGUUUGGUUUAUAGACAUGUCUGCAGGCGUCACUGGGUAUUCUCCACGACAACUCUACUUAAGAAAUGACGAUAAUCUCAAUGACCAUCCUGCUAUGUGGUACUCGGGCUUAGUGAAUGUGGUUAUUUGACCAGCUAGCAGAUUUGCAUAUUGAUGAAUUCAACCCAUGG